GGAAGUGGAGCAGGAGCAGGAAGUGCUGAUGGAGGCAGAGCAGGCAGGCAGCCCGGAGCGGCAGAGCAGCGCUCCCCUCCUGAGAGACGGAGAAGACCGGAGAGAAGAACCGCUCCUGAAGGCGGGUGUGGUGGAAAUCGCAGUUGAUGUGUUUUGGAGCGUGCGGGCUUCCGUAGCCGACCGGAUCUCUGAACUCUUGUUUCUGCGGGCCCCACAGGACCGUCCUCUUCCUCAGUCACUCUGUCUUGAGUUUCCAGGGACUCGGUCUGCAGAGAGACGCAGUCUCGUCCUCAUGGUGUCUCUGGUCCUGGUCUCUGAUCACCACUGUCUGACCGGAGGCUCUGCGGGGUCACGUGGGGAUGGGGCUGCAUGCUGUACUGUCACCAUAACAACCAGAAACCUGCAGAGCCCCUGGAAGCUGCUCCUCUCUCCAGUUCCUUUAUUCACACUGAAGGCAUCAGAACUCCAGAUGAACGCAGAAGGAAGUCUGUAGUGAAGAGAAACGUGGAGCAGCUGGAUGUUCCAGCUUCCUCAGAGACCAGUGCUUCAGGACAGCGCAGACAGAGCAAGGACAGAGGGACGGGGACGCAGCGGCAGCUCGACAGCCUCAGCAGGGAGUCCCAGAGCGGACGGCCGUCCUGGACCAGGACUCCCUGUGUGGAGGCGUGUCUCACUGCAGAGAGGAGCCAGCCCAGGGCCAGGACAACAGCAGGGACACUCUGUCCACCUGGACAUCCUGGACAGCGGUCAGUCUGGAGGGAGCUGGCCAGGAGACCAGGGCGAAGACAGACUACAGUCUUCAGAGAAGACGAACUACAGACAGACUUCAGAGAAGACAGACUACAGACAGACUUCAGAGAAGACAGACUACAGACACUGGGUUCAUUCAUACAGUGAAGCGACGCUCAGAUUCAACAGAAUACAAACCCAGACGGCAGCCUUCAUCAGUCCGCCACGCCAGCAGUCCCUCUUCUCAUCCUACCAUCGCAUUUCUUUACUAGACUGUGGACUGGACCGCUGUGGAUGCAGAGGUAAUAUCGGUGUGUGUGUGUGUGUGUGUGUGUGUGUGUGUGUGUGUGUGUGUGUGUGUGUGUGUGUGUGUGUGUGUGUGUGUGUGUGUGUGUGUCCUGCAGCUGAAGCAAUGAGGCUGGUCAUCCUGGACGACUACGAGCUGGCCAGCGAGUGGGCCGCAAAGUACAUCCGCAACAGAAUCAUCCAGUUCCAGCCCACCGCCGAGCGCUACUUCACCCUGGGCCUGCCUACAGGAAGCACUCCUUACGGCUGCUACUUGAAGCUGAUUGAGUUCUACAGGAGAGGGGAGCUUUCUUUCAAAUAUGUGAAAACGUUCAACAUGGAUGAAUAUGUUGGUCUGCCGCGAGCUCACCCCGAGAGCUACCACUCCUACAUGUGGAAUAACUUCUUCAAGCACAUUGACAUCGAUCCAGCCAACGCGCACAUCCUGGACGGGAAUGCAGAGAACCUGGAGGCGGAGUGUGAGGCCUACGAGCAGAAGAUCGCCGACGCUGGAGGAAUCCAGCUGUUCGUUGGAGGUCAGAGGUCAGACGGCCCGCACGCCUCCGGCGGCUGGCGUGCUCUCACGCUGCUCUCCUGCCGUAGGUAUCGGGCCCGACGGACACAUAGCCUUCAACGAGCCCGGCUCCAGUCUGGUCUCCAGGACCAGGGUGAAAACACUGGCCAAGGACACCAUCGUGGCCAACGCUCGCUUCUUUGGCAACGACCUGUCCAAGGUGCCCACCAUGGCUCUGACGGUGGGAGUCGGAACUGUCAUGGAUGCCAAGGAGGCGCUCACAAAGCCUUCGCUCUGUACAAAGCCAUUGAGGAGGGAGUCAACCACAUGUGGACCGUCUCGGCCUUCCAGCAGCAUCCGCGCACGAUUUUCAUCUGCGACGAGGACGCCACCCUGGAGCUGCGAGUGAAAACAGUCAAAUACUUCAAAGGGUUAAUGCAUGUCCACAAUAAGCUGGUGGAGCCACUGCUCAGCAUCAAGGACCUAUGACAGUCAGAGAGGACCGCCCAGACCAGGACCUGGAGGUCAACAACUCACUGUCUGUUACCUGCUGCUGUUUUUUUUCUUUGAUUUACUGUGUUGAAUGGUGCAUGUCUCUUAUUUCUGGAUUUAUGUUACCUGAGAAAACUGUUGCUUUGAGACUGCUCCAGGUCAAUCAAUACUCACUCUGCAUUUGGAGAACCCGAAAACAUUCUUGGUUUGAAAUGUCAUUGCAGGCUGCUAUUUAAGUCAUUAAGGAUAUAAACAUGGUCAGUCGACGUUCUUGAGGCUCAACAGUUAUAACAGUUCUGCUGAAAGAACUAAAAAAAUCAUCACAGUCUUUUACACUGUUGAUUUUGUUGGCUAGCUUAGCAUAGCAUUAGCAUUGGUGAUGUCUUCUCUGUCCUCUCCUCCUGCUCUGUGUUCUUGAUGUUUCGUUCCACUUCUUCCUCCAUUAGUGAACAUUGUAAAUGUUUAGAAGAUCUGUGCUGUCAUUUUAAAGCUGUUUAAGGUUGGAGGAUGUUCUGAAGUUUCUUUCACGUUAGAGUUACCUGAUGCACCUUGAGAGUGAGUUAGCAGGUGAUUGGCUCGAGGGAGCAGGGGGCGGGGAAAUGACGCCAGGAGGAGACGUUUCCUUUUUGAUGGAUGUGCCUUUGGAGAAUAAAUGAAGAUGGAGGUGUCCCACUGA